ACAUGGGGAAAGUGUGAAAACAGUUGAUAAUUAUAGGGGCCUGACGACUUUACUUGAGGGCGAGGCUCGCCGGCAACUCCCAGACUGUCAGGACCUGUUCUUCACAAAUAUGAUGCAACGGGCUUAACCAGUCUUUCUCCAGGAUGAAUCUCAGUGCUGCGAACCACCGUAUACCUCUAAAUGAUGGAAACAGCAUUCCAGUUAUUGGACUUGGCACCUACUCCAACCCUGCAGUGACCCCCAAGGGGACCUGUCUGGAAUCCGUGAAGUUGGCCAUCGAUUCAGGGUACAGACACAUUGAUGGAGCGUACAUCUACUUCAAUGAGCAUGAAGUUGGAGAGGCCAUCAGAGAGAAGAUAGCAGAAGGGAAGGUGAAGAGGGAGGAUAUUUUCUACUGCGGGAAGCUGUGGGCUACAAGUCAUGUCCCUGAGAUGGUCCGCCCAACCCUCGAGAAGACGCUCAAGACCCUCAAACUGGAUUAUGUGGAUCUUUACAUCGUUGAAAUACCCAUGGCAUUUAAGCCUGGAAAUGAAAUCUAUCCUAGAGAUGAAAAUGGCAAAUGGUUAUAUCACAAAUCAGAUUUAUGUGCCACCUGGGAGGCUCUAGAAGCUUGCAAAGAGGCUGGCUUGGUGAAAUCUCUCGGAGUCUCUAAUUUCAACCGCAGGCAACUGGAGCUCAUCCUGAACAAACCAGGCCUCAAGUAUAAGCCAGUCAGCAACCAGGUCGAGUGCCACCCAUAUUUCACCCAGACAAAACUCUUGAAAUUUUGCCAACAACAUGACAUUGUUAUUGUUGGAUAUAGUCCUUUGGGAACCAGUAGAGACCCGUACUGGGUGAAUGUGUCUUGUCCACCUCUGUUGAAGGACACGCUUCUAAACGCACUGGGGGAAAAGUACAGUAAGACGGCAGCUCAGAUUGCUCUGCGCUUCAACGUCCAGCGAGGGGUGGUUGUCAUUCCAAAAAGUUUUAAUCCUGAAAGGAUUCAAGAGAACUUUCAGAUCUUUGAUUUUUCUCUCACUGAAGAAGAAAUGAAGGACAUCGCAGCCUUGAAUAAAAAUGUCCGCUUCGUGGAAAUGCUCAUGUGGAUCGACCAUCCCGAAUACCCAUUUCAUGAUGAAUACUGACAAUGCAAGCCCCUCAGCAGAGCCCUUGUGCUGGUCUGGUUCAGGCGUCCCCCAUAAACUCAGGUGUUCUGAAUGCUAGCUCCCCAGCUGAUGGAGGUUUGGGGAUUACCGCCUCCUGGAGGGAGUGUCUUGUUGGGGGCG